UCUCCUGUGCCAUUUCAUUAGUAUAUCCUCAACUGCCCUGCCUUUAUCUGCUCGCUUACCUGCCUGACCCUCACCUGCCCUGCUCCCUCGAAGUCUCACUUCCCUCCCAGAUGCCCGCUGUCUCUCCAGGGGGCGGGGGUUGGCCUCGCCGACAGAAGGGAAAAGAACUUCAGUCCAACCCGGAAGGACCCAGGAGUUUUGAUGCAGAAAGGGCGGUGCCAUCAGAAGGUGGCAAUAAAGAGCCGAGAUAGGAGACGGACAGCGGAACCAAAGAGACGAGGAGACAGAAUGGGCGGGCGAUAUGGAAAGCGAGAUCAAAGGGCGGGUUUAGUAACGGGAGUGGGCUAAAGAGGCUCUGAAGACGGCGGGAGACUGAGCCGGCUGCGUGCCCUGUCUCCGGAUCCUGACGGAAUUUGGAAAUCCUGAGGCCGCUCUUAAAGUAGCGUUCAGGAGCGAACGAGGAGAGCCACUGCUCUGGGCAGCUUCUCGCUCGCCCCAUCCCCACCCCCCGGGGUCCCGGAAGCGGAAGUAACGGACACGGAAGUGGCCUACUGUUGCCGAGGGGACGGGCCAGGCAGAUGCCAACAUGGCAGCGGUGGGGUCCGGCGGUUCCCCCGCGUCGGCCGGGCCAGGGGCGGUCUCCGCAGGGGCGUUGGAGCCUGGGACCGCGACUGCGGGUAACGUGAAGCACCUGGUUCUUUUCCUCCACGAGGCUGUCCUGGUGCAGUAUGUGGACACACUCAAGCUCGCAGUGCCCUCUCUCAUCUACACCUUGCAGAAUAACCUCCAGUAUGUUGCCAUCUCCAACCUGCCAGCUGCCACUUUCCAGGUGACGUACCAGCUGAAGAUCCUGACCACGGCACUGUUCUCCGUGCUUAUGCUGAACCGCAGCCUUUCCCGGCUGCAGUGGGCCUCCCUGCUGCUCCUCUUCACCGGAGUCGCCAUCGUCCAGGCACAGCAAGCCGGCGGUGGGGGCCCGCGGCCACUGGAUCAGAACCCUGGGGCGGGCCUAGCAGCUGUCGUGGCGUCCUGUCUGUCCUCGGGCUUUGCAGGUGUCUACUUCGAGAAGAUCCUCAAGGGCAGCUCAGGCUCCGUGUGGCUGCGCAACCUGCAGCUGGGCCUCUUCGGCACAGCCCUGGGCCUGGUGGGGCUCUGGUGGGCCGAGGGCACUGCUGUAGCCCACCGCGGCUUCUUUUUCGGGUACACGCCUGCUGUCUGGGGCGUGGUGCUCAACCAGGCCUUCGGCGGGCUACUGGUGGCUGUUGUCGUCAAGUAUGCCGACAAUAUCCUCAAGGGCUUUGCCACCUCCUUGUCCAUUGUGCUGUCCACUGUUGCCUCCAUCCGCCUCUUUGGCUUCCACGUGGACCCUUUGUUUGCCCUUGGCGCAGGGCUGGUCAUCGGUGCCGUCUACCUCUACAGCCUGCCCCGAGGUACAGCCAAAGCCAUAGCUUCCGCCUCUGCCUCCACCUCUGGGCCCUGCACUCGUCAGCAGCCUCCGGGGCAGCCGCCGCCAUCGCAGCUGUCUUCCCACCGUGGAGACGUCAGCACGGAGCCCUUUCUGCCAAAGUCAGUGCUGGUGAAGUGAGGGCUGGCGGUGGCGGUGGGGGGAGACAGGGAGGGACACUGGUUGGAGGGUGUUGGGCAUCUGCAGGACCCAAGUUGCCACCGGGGCCUGGCUCCCCUGGGGUUGGGUCUUUUCUUCCAGGUUGUCGAGACUUCCGGAAGCUUGUGGGACUAGGGCAGGGCAUCACGUGAACCCUUCCUUGUAGCCACGGGUUUUUAGAGCUGCCUCCUCUGUCUCAGUCUAACCCCUUCGGGGACCAGGUUGGGGGUGUUGUCAUUCAAGGCUUUUUUUGUCUGCCUCCCUCAGCCAGAGGCGUCCUGUCUCUCAUGCCUGGGAGAGUCCCUCCCAGCAAUCCCUCCACCUUUGUAGGGACAAAUUGGACAAAAAUCCUACAGCUCUUUAGUAGUGACUGAUGCCUACGUGUGGGUUUCCGAUUCUGAUAGCUUGAGGCCUUCUCUCCUCCCUGACAACCACACUGGAUCGUAUUAGUAGCUCUUUUUGUGGCCUUGGGGCAGCUUCCCUAACACAGGGACUUGAAAAUGGGCCUCUUGUGAGCACCCAGGGAGAGAGGAAGGGGGGCGACAGCUGAGAUUUUUGCAUCAGCCCAUUCAGGGGGAGGGUGCAGUAGGGGCCAUUUGUUUGUGAUUUGGGGGUUUCUGGUGUAAUCAGAUGAAUGAUCCAGGGUGUGGGAAAAAUGGAGAAGGGAGGUCCUUGAAGUGGCCUAAUCUCAUGGAAUCUAAGACACCGUCAGUUGCUGGAUGCAGGGUUAUUUUCUAAGAUAUCCUGAGAGGAAAAAUAAAGCUGCCAGCCACACUCGUGAUACCCAACUGGCUGUACGAGGCACCCUUACUUCAUGGGGAGGGGUGUCUUUAAAUUGCGGAAAUGUGGAACCUGCCCCCUGCACUCCCCAAAGACCCCUUAACUGUCUCCCAGGGUGUAUAUGGGGUGUGUGUGUGUGUGUGUGUGUGUGUGUGUGUGAUGCCUGGGCUGUCUUUGCUAUAUGUACAUAGGGCCGUUGGAUCUUUAUUUUUGAUUAAUUUGUUCUGAUUUUUUGGUUUGUUUUUAAGGAACUGUAAUGAACAAAUGUCAGGAUACCCAAUGCCAAAUAAAGAUAUUGUAUUUA